CCCGCCCCUUCCCUUUCCCCUUCCCUUUCCCCUCCCGCUGCCCCGGAAUUCCGCCCGCGGAGCCGCCGGAGCCAUGAUCGGGGACCUGCUGCUCUGCGGGACGCUGCUGGUGAACGCCGGUGCGGUGCUCAACUUCAGGCUGAGGAGGAAGGACACGGAGGGAUUCGGAGAGGAACCGAGGGAACCCACGACUGGUGACAACAUCAGAGAGUUCUUGCUGAGUCUCAGGUAUUUUCGAAUCUUCAUUGCCUUGUGGAAUAUCUUCAUGAUGUUCUGCAUGAUUGUGUUAUUUGGAUCUUGAAAGCCACACCCAAACACGUCUGAUACCUUGGAAGAGACUUUUGGCUGGGAACAAACUCUUCUUAAAAAGAUUCCAACGCUUUCAAACUGCAGCCCUGGGCUCGUGGCUUGUCCCCUCCAGCCCAUCGUGUGCUGGUCACUCCCUGCCAGGGCUUUGAGCCUCAACAUUCACAGUCAAAUUAACUCAAAACUUCACUGACACGGAGAGAACUUGUGUUUUUCUAAGCUCAGAGUGAGGUGCAGGGGAGAACUGGAGUGUGAUUGCAGUUCCCAGUCUUAAUCUGCAUUACCAGACCCAUCCUGGGCUGUGUCAGCUCAUGUCACCC